UGCUGGCGAUUAGGUGCCUGACUCUGAAGUUGUGGGUUCGAAUCCCGAAUGGGACUCAAACCAAAAAAAGUACUAGAAUCUGUACUUUACUGAGAAAGUGUAAUCCCAAAGAUAACAUAUGUUACACUAGACAGCUACUAGAACCCUGGAAAUGUAUGAUCAAAAACGCAUCUAUGAUACUAGUAUAAAAUAUAUCGCCAUCGGAUAACUAUUUCCUAUUUGUUUCAUUUUAGCUACAAUACCGGGUUGCUUAUUUUUUUCAUUUUGUGGUAACUUUAUUUUCAGUCCGAUAUAAUUACGUUCCAAUUAUCUUAAUUUCUUUGGUGUAUAUUAUUGUACUGACAGGUCCUAGUUUCUCGUAGUUUCAAGAUAACGUUGAUGAAAUAUUAACAUACAUUUUGACUAUGUAAGAGUUUUAGUGGAUUUUUUUAUCAGUAUAUAUCAUUUCAGUACAUGAACCCAAAUAGUCGUAUCUAGUAGGAAGACAGUCUAUGAAUAGUCAAUAUCAAUCAUGUAUGAAAUAGAUCGGAGGUUUUAUGUAAUUAUCAUAUAUUCCAGCCAUCUACUGAAUUCUUUCGGGAGGAGGAGAGGUUUGUUCAAACUAGGCUUUCUAAAUGUAACAUUGUUACAAUCAGACUCUGUAUCAAGUAGAAAGAUUGUGUCAGGUGUUUCCUAUAGUGUAAUGCGUUCAGUAUUGUAAACAGGACAUAUUUCACUGUAAUUAUUACCCCAGAACAAGAUACCUUCAGGGUCGCUGUGUAAGCUAGGGUUUAAUGUAUAGGAUAGGAAAAUCAACUAAAUUAGCCUUUUCACCAUUUUACCACUGUUUCAAAUCAGUUUUUUAAAUAGAGUUAGCUAGUGAUUUUAUUGAGGUCAGUAUUAUGUUGGUUUGUGUGAAUUCUACAAGGCCUGAUAUUGCAACUCUUCUGUGUGAUAAUUGUCUUGCACAUUUCAUAUAUUUGACAUACACUCGUGAAAGAAGUAACAGGUUUGGGUUAAUUGUCAUGUACACGAUGUGUUCAGUAGCGUUUGAAAUACACCAAUACAUUACUUGUCAUUGUAGGUGCUCAGUGAGUUCUCAAUGUGUACUGGAAACCUAUGUGUAUUCUGUGAGAGGUACCUUGGUAUUCAAAUGAAGCUGUAAGGUAUGGAUGUCCACCAUAAUGUGUGCAAGGUAUCAGAAUAAAAUUUACAUUGUUUUUAUUUUGGUGUUAUUUGUGUUAUCAUGUGAUUAGGAAAUGUUGGCGGAUCAACAAGGCGUUUUUAAAUCGCCACAACCGUGAGAACAUUGAAAAUUCAAUUUUUGCAGUGGCUAGCAAUGUAUCCAAGCAUUAUAAAGUUGUCUGCUCUUGACUCCGCCCAUUUGUCCGGAAGUGGCUUGUACUUCCGUUGAAGAAAUUAGAGAUUCUUUCGCUAUUUGUUGGAAUUUUCUGUGAUCUCUUGUCUCCACUGAUCAGUGAAAAAGUGCUGAAGUCAACAUGUCUACCUACGAGACAACCACCACGACCACCUCGUCCAGCACAACAGGCAUCCAUCCUGAUGUCGGCUACAUCAAGUCCAUCCCCGGAAUACUCAAGAUCGUAGAAUUUGUGCUGUGCAUCAUUGUACUGAUCUGCACAUCGGUAGUCUACUGGGUACCCUAUGGAGCCGGCUGGAUCCAGUUUGUGGCUGUGGCGGCAGCAGUAGUCGUGGCGCUGUUGUUCAUAUUCCACUUCCUUCACAUCUUUGAGAAACUUCCAGGCCCAUGGCCCUUGAUUGAGUUUAUAUGCCACAUCGUCUUCACCAUCUUCUUCCUCAUCUCCGGCAUCGUUGCAGCCGCACGUGGAGGUUGGCAUUCAUCCAUUGCUGCUACCUCUUUCUUCUGUUUUGCUGCAACAGCCGUCUUUGGGAUAGAUACAUUCUUCAUGUACCGCGGCUGGCAGAGUGGCCCCGCCACCACCACCACCACCUCCUCCGCAGCCACGGUGGAGACAACGACUACUACAUCCUACGAGACCAAGACACAGUACUAGCUUCGUUGCCACCGCGGCAAGUUCACGUGGAACCAGACAUCCACUUAUCUUACCGUCACCA